CUGACUUGCAGACGACUUUCCGUGUUCCUCCUUGCUGGCGCCCCGGUGUCGGCCAUCAGACCUCUGGAGCUUGUUCACAAAGCUGCAGCUAGUCUGAUGUUCGUGUCUCUGGCAGCAGAAAUGAAGAGGAGACUUCUGCUGGUGUCCAACUCCACGCUGCACGGCAGUGGAUAUCUGGAUCACUGUGAGCAACAGAUCAGAGAUUUUUUCGGAGCGGGCGUGAAGAGGGUGCUGUUUGUCCCAUACGCGCUCCAUGACAGAGAUGCCUACACAAAGACAGCCAGAGACAAGUUUGAGACUCUGGGUUAUGGAGUGGACAGUAUCCAUGAGGCCUCAGACCCUGCGGAGGCUGUCAGGAAUGCCCAAGGAAUCUUCAUAGGUGGAGGAAACACCUUCCGUUUGCUGAAGUGUCUUUAUGACAAUGAGGUGGUGAUGGAGAUCAGGGAGAGAGUCCUGAAGGAUGGUAUUCCCUACAUGGGUUCCAGCGCUGGUACCAACGUGUCCACCAUCAGUAUCAACACCACCAAUGACAUGCCCAUCGUCUACCCUCCAUCCUUUGCUGCCAUCGGCCUGGUGCCCUUUAACAUCAAUCCCCACUACCUGGACACCGACCCGAACAGCACACACAUGGGGGAGACCAGAGAGCAGAGGAUUGUCCAGUACCUCGAAGAACCUGACGUGCCAUCUGUCCUGGCUCUGAGAGAGGGAUCCAUGCUGCUGGUGGAGGGGAAGAAAGCUACGCUGCUAGGAACCACCAAGGCCAGACUGUUUACCAGGGGGAAACCGACUGUCGAGUACGACACCGGCAGUGACCUUAGCUUCCUGUUGAUGGAUGGACGUUAAUGGAGAAACAACCGGGGAGAAAAAAGAAGUGAACAUGACAGAACAUUAAGAGAGGACUUCUACACCACACAUCCAAAACUGACACGACACUUCUACACCACACAUGCUACUUCUUCUACACCACACAUGCAAAACUGACACGAUACUUCUUCUACACCACACAUGCUACUUCUUCUACACCACACAUGCUACUUCUUCUACACCACACAUCCAAAACUGACACGAUACUUCUUCUACACCACACAUGCUACUUCUUCUACACCACACAUGCAAAACUGACACGAUACUUCUUCUACACCAGUGUUUCUCAAACCUCUCCUGGAGGACCACUUGUCCUGCAUGUUUUAGAUCUCUCCCUGCUCCAACACAGCUGAUUCAAAUGAUCAACUCGUUAUGAGCUCCUGAAGCUGCCUAAGAACAAAACUGUUCAUUUAAAUCAGCUGCGUUGGA